AUGACAUCAAUAAUUACGAUUCUGACAAUAACAUUGAUUGAAUGUGUGUUUGGAGUCAUUUAUGUUGAUCUAAAGAAUUUUAUUAUAUCUAAUGGAGUGAAUGUAUUUCAUGGUAGAUUCAAUAUAAACUCCAGAUAUUUUAUGUUUGUUGGUGAUUCAGAACCCAUUAGUGAAUUAAGAUACGGAAAUGAAGUGAUAUUUCCAAAGGAGAAUGGUUCACAGGAAUACAAUUUACUUGUUGAAUUAUUUAUAAUAAAUAAGGUUAUUCUGGUAUCAUUUUAUGUCCACACAUUUAAUGAUGGAUUAUUGAAAUCAGUCAAUCGACAUACCAUUAGCAUAUCAUCUGACAAAUACAGUCACAUAAGUAAUGAAGAAUUUAUCUACAAGAUAAAUAGGAAUGUUCUAGUUUCAUUUGAUAUUGGACCGAAACCAAAACAUCCGUUUAUAAAAAGAUCCAUUUCUGAUCAUGUUAAUUUUCAAAUGUAUAGAUAUAAAUUUGAAGAUAAAUAUAAAGGUUUUAUGCUUGAUGGCAAAUCAGGUCCACUAUAUAGAUUUGGAUAUGUAUAUGAUUCGAAUCGUCCUGCAGUUGUAGGUUAUACAAAACGUCCAUAUUUAACUGAUGAAUGUGUUUCUAUUGCAAUUUAUAUAUCACACCCUGAUUAUAAUAAUUUGUUUCAAUUUAUUUUUGAACCAUUUAUGAUUGAACUAUAUGGUCAUUAUAUAAGAACAUAUGAAAUGAGACCUAUAUUAGGUGAUGAAUAUUGGUUUUUAACAGAAUACAGUGAUGUUAUGUUAUCAGACCAGAUGAAUAGGAAUGCAAUCAGAUUAUAUAUGUUAUACAGAGCACAUAAUAGAGGAUUGCCAGUAAUUACAAUAGACAUAUCAGAACUUGCCAGUCCUGAAUUAUAUGGUAUUGAAAAAGUUACAGGAUCAUCAAAUUUAUGGAACCACAAUUACACAUUUUAUAAAUUGAAGGAUAAAUUUGAUAAUGAAUAUAAAAUAAGGCUUAUUAUAGAUUCCAAUAUCAAUAAUAGAAAUAUUUAUGUUCCAAAAAUUAAAUACAAACAUUUCAAUAUUGAAGUGUACAGAAAUGAAGAGGCAACGUACGUAGUAAUCAGUGAUAAAGAUGAAAUAAUGGAUGGGAUAAGGAUUAAACAAUCAAGAUUAUUUAAAAAAGGGGUAAAUGAGAAAAAAUACAAUAAUAUUAAAAAUAGAGAGCGAAAAAAAAUAAUUCAAAAGUUUGAAAAAUCAUAUCCGAUAAAACUAGAUAUUACUAUUGAUGAAGAACAACCAUCAUUAUUUGAGAAAAAGGAAAUAUCAGAUGGUGAAAUGACAAUUCAUCAUUUCUCAAUAAAGGAAACCAAUGAUUUCGGAGAAUCCAUAUUGAACAAAUAUGUGUUUGGGGCUGUUUAUGCAACAGGAAGUUUUCAACCAGGUAACAUACCAUUGGAACCAUUUAGAAAAAACAAGGUGAUGAUUAAUCCAAACAUAAACACAAACAAAUUUAUUGUAAGGAACAAAUCAACAUUUGAUGAUCUGAACACACCACAAUAUCAGUUAUUCCGACUAAGAACAUAA